AUUAUGAAGCUGCAGGCCCAAUUAUUGGAACAACACAAAAUAUUAGAUAACAGCAAAGCUAAGGAUGCUCAAAUUUUGAGUAUACAAGCUCAGCUAGGGGAAAAGAACGAAUUGGAACGGACGAGUUUCCAAACAGUGAAGGAGGUUUUUCCAAACUCAUCCCUAACUGAACAUGAGGAUGAAUUGGCAUUAGGCGAACACAGUCAGUUAUUCAGUCUACCACCUGACAGUGUGUUAAAGUUAAAUCCUGUUAGUGCUGCACUAAAAGAAUUGUUAGUAAUAAGUCCAUGCAGCGAAGGAAGUGAACAAUUGUGGGACCGUAUUUGGGCUGAAAAACGGUUGUGGUACGGAAACCCAGAAAUAGCACGAGUUCAACAUAAAACAUGAAUUAGAAUUUUAGUGGGGGAUCAAGUCAAGUCUGGAAGUGUUACAGGAUGGAAGAGUGAGCCUACAGUUGAAAAACACAGAGUGCAUUACCAUUAAGGUAUGAGGUAAAGUAAUAGAGUAUGCAAAUUGUCUAAUGAGAAGUACCAUUUUGUGUGAAUGAAUCCUGUGUAACAGCAAUCCCUUAUAGUUCUGUCACAGCUAGAAGCCUCAAAUAAUUCUGCUUCUCUUGCUAAAGAACAACUUGUCCUUUACAUUCAGAG